AUGAUAUUGGACGAAGAAAAACUAGUUACAUACAUUUCACUUAGUAAAGAACUUUGCCUACAUGUCAACGAAAGCAAAAUAUUGUUGCAGAAGCUCAUAGAAGAUAUUCGUAACAAGAAUCCGAAGAUUGCUCUAAAUAUUAAUUAUAUUAUUUCUGGCAUAACAGAUAAAAACGUUGCUAAAACAACUGUGUGCAUGGAAACUGAAUUAAGCGUUAUUAAAAAGAGCUUUGAGGCUAUAUUUUUCGAACAUAUAUACAGUGUUAGCAAAGGGUUUUCACGUGUAGAUAAUGCUUCGUUAUUAACUACUAAUAAAUUCGAGGAUUUUACUUUAUGUACAGGUAUAAUAAAAUGUAGUGAAUGCUCUAAACGAACUGCUGAUGAAAUUGGAGUUCUGAAGUCUAACAGUCAAAAUUAUGUUUCAAUUGAUAAUAAAAUUCAAAAUAUACCUCCAAAGAAAAUAAAGAAUGAGAUUUCUGAAAAAUCAGAUGAAUCAGGAAAUAAUAAAGAGGAGACUAAGCACAAUGGAAUUAAGCUUCAGGAAAAUAUAAAAAAAGAAAGAAAUUCACCAAAAAAAGAAGAGAUUUGCAAAACAGCAAAUAAAAAUAAUAUAAAACAGAAAGGCAUAGCUGGAUUUUUCGGUAAAUCUAAUGGAGUUACUAUUAAAAAGGAAAUAGAAAAAAAACCAGCCCAAACAGAAAAUAAAGAGGUCAAGGUAGAGUCUACUACAACAGAAGUUAAAGUAGAAAAAAUAUCAGUAGCAGUAGAAAGUGAACAGAAGAAAAUUAAAGAAAGUGAUAAAGUUAAGAACAAACAAGAAGCAGAGAAAAUGACUGAUAAAAGAUCAGAUGUAGUGGAAGAUAAGAAAAUUCAGAAAAUUACAAAGAAAAACUUAAAAGUUGAUAAGAAAAGAAAGAGAGUGUUACGUGUUUCAGAUAGUGAGAGUGAUAAUGAAACUAAUGACCCAUUUUACUCUGAAAAACAUAUGGAUUUACAAAAUGAGUCAGAAGAUGAAAUACCUCCUACCCCAUCUGUUAAUACCAUUAAAAUCACUUCGGGUAUUGUGAAUCCUAAAAAAAGGAGAAAGAUUGUGGAUAAGACUUAUACUGAUGAAGAUGGUUAUAUUUUAACUAGAAAGGAAGAAGUAUAUGAGAGUUGUUCCGAAAAUGAUGAAGAAGUAACAAGUAAAGAAAAUGUUGAACAUAUUAAUAAAAAAGUAAUAGAGACCUCACCAAAAGAAAAGAAGAAUGGUGUAAAAAGUUCUAAGAAAAAGGUAAUUCAACCCCAAACAGGGAAACAAACUACAAUUAUGAAUUUCUUUAAUAAAUCUGUAAACUGA